AUGUUCCAGCAUGCCAACCCUGUGGAUGUCCCGUUCAAGAAAAUGGAGUCCUUGAGCAGCGGCAUCAGCACCCAAGAGAUCCAGGUGUCCGGAACUGCCAAAACAAUCGUGGCUGUACAGCCUUGGGUCCUCAGAGAGUUGGCCAAGCAUUGCAUCUCUGAAAUCAGUCACUUUUUGAGACCGGGCCACCUUGCUCAGCUGGGGAAGAUUCUGACGGAUCCAGAGGCAUCAGAAAACGAUCGCUUCACGGCCCACAACUUGCUCCAGAACGCGGUCAAAGCUUCUGGUGGACAGCUUCCUGGUUGCCAGGACACCGGCACUGCCAUCGUCAUGGGCAAGCGAGGCAUGCAUGUCUUCACAGAUGGGGAUGAUGAAGCACAGCUGUCGCAUGGCGUUUACGAUGCGUACACACAAAGGAACUUGCGGUACUCACAGAUGGCCCCGGUGACGAUGUUUGCGGAGAAGAACACAAAGUGCAACUUGCCUGCUCAAAUUGACAUCCUGGCGACGCCCAGCUCAUCCUAUGAGUUUCUGUUUAUGGCCAAGGGCGGUGGAUCCGCGAACAAGACCUAUUUGUACCAGCAGACGAAGGCUCUCCUCAACCCCAAAAAACUGGAAGCAUUCAUCAGAGAGAAACUGCAGACCCUCGGCACCAGCGCCUGCCCGCCGUACCACGUGGCACUGGUCAUUGGAGGUACCUCCGCCGAGACAUGCUUGAAGACUGUCAAGCUCGCAAGCGCCAGGUAUUAUGAUGAUUUACCAACAUCUGGCAGCGACGGUGGCCGGGCCUUCCGUGAUCUCGAGUGGGAGGAGAAGGUUCUGAAGAUAUGCCAAGACCUGGGAGUUGGUGCUCAGUUUGGCGGCAAAUACUUUGCUCACGAUGCAAGAGUUGUUCGACUCCCAAGGCAUGGAGCGUCCUGCCCUGUGGGCCUGGGGGUGUCAUGCAGCGCAGAUCGCCAGAUUCUUGCCCAGAUAACACCUGAAGGCGUUUUUGUGGAAGAGCUUGAGCACAAUCCCGCCCAAUAUCUUCCAGAUGGGCCUGUGACAGGGCUAUCCGAGCAGGUGGUGUCCAUCAACUUGCAGCAGCCCAUGAGCGACAUUCUUGCCGUCCUGACGAAGUACCCGAUCAAGACGCGGGUGUCGCUAACUGGUCCACUCAUCGUAGCUCGGGACAUUGCGCAUGCCAAGAUCAGCGAGAUCUUUGAACAGACAGGAGCUCUACCGCAAUACGUCAAGGACCAUCCUAUCUAUUAUGCUGGUCCAGCAAAGACACCCGCUGGCUAUGCAUCCGGUUCUUUCGGGCCAACCACAGCUGGCCGCAUGGACACAUAUGUUCCCAUGUGGCAGCCGCACGGAGGAUCACUGGUUACGCUGGCAAAGGGUAAUCGCUCGAAACAGGUGACAGACUCUUGCCAACAGUACGGUGGCUUUUACUUGGGCAGUGUUGGUGGUGCUGCUGCAGUGUUGGCCGAAGACUGCAUCAAGAAGAUAGAGGUUCUGGAGUUCCCCGAGCUUGGCAUGGAAGCUGUUUGGAAAAUUGAGGUUGAGAACUUUCCUGCUUUCAUCCUGGUUGACGAUAAGGGCAACGAUUUCUUCGCUCAGUGGACCAUGUGA